AUGUUCAAUCCAGAGAUUAAUGAUCAUAGAUUCAACCCUCUUGAAAUGAGUCAAAGCUUAUAACCAUCAAGGGAGCCGAAGUUUUGUCUCUGUAUACCUCUAGCUAAGGGUGUUUGUUGUGGACUAAUGUCGCUUAAGACAAUCCUAAUCAUCAUAGCUUUAAUAGAUAUUACAAUUGGUGGUGCAGCUAUUGGUAUCGGAGUAAUUGCAUUUAUGAAAUACAAAUUAAAGUUGCAGUUGGCAGCUUAUGUUUUCAUUUGCGGAGUUAGCUUGAUUUUAGCCUUUGCUGGGCUUUAUGCUGUGGCUUAUAAAAAGAUGAAGAUCAUUAAAUUUUACUUUGCCUGGAAGUGUAUUGAGGUCUGUAUUAUUCCAUUCUUCGAACUAAUCAUUGUAUUCGUAGAAGUUUCAGAUGAAUCAGGGGCUUUAUCACAGACACCUACAAUAAAUUACUACAUUAUUGUUCUGACAAAAGCUUUUCUCAGAGCAUAUUUUUCGUAUCUGAUAUAUAGCUAUUAUAAAAGAGUAGACAGAGGAGAAUAACUUCUGGUAGAAUAUGGUGAUAGAAGGCUGAAUAAGAUGAUAGAGGAAAUAAAAGAAGAAUAGAGAAAAUAAGAAUGGGAGUUAGAAUUGACUGAGAGGGCUACAAGUAGAGUUUGA